GGGUUUUAGCACAAAAACCAAUUCUUCAACUGAGAAAAAGAGAGCAAAAAAUGGCGACGAAAUCCCUAAUUAGAAACGGGGCCUUGUUGAUGAAUCGAGUGUUCGCGAAUCAAUUCAUGAACCCGAACCCGGUUACAAAUCAUCGGGUAGUGAAUCAAGGCUUGCAAAUCACUCCCCAGCUGUUCCCAUCUCUCUCAAAGCCGAAACCCUCUCUCCAUUUGACUCAAAACGACGCCGAUUCUAUCUCUCAAGUCUCUUCUAUGGGGUUUCUUUAUCCCACUGGCCUCCCUUCUCUCCGCUUCUUCUUGCCCGACGGAGAUUCAUCAAGUGAGCCAAUGCUCUGUUUCCCCAAGAGAACAUAUCAGCCUAGUACCAUCAAGCGCAAAAGGAAUCAUGGUUUUUUCGCUCGCAAGGCAACAAAGGGUGGCAGAAGAGUCAUCGCUCGAAGAAUAGCAAAGGGUCGUUCAAGAAUUACUGCUUAAAAUCUGGAUCUUCUGCGAUGUUUUCAUCAGAAUUAAAAUCUAGAAGCUACCUGAAAUUGGGUACAACUAUGCAAUUUCACCUUUGCUUAAUUCCAUUGACUCUGCCUUUUCUUUGUUCAGAUAGAUGUAUGCCAAUUUUUAGAUUGUCUUUUUGGUACACAAACUUUUGCAAGUUGUUAGUAAGUUCUGAAAAUGCUUGUCAUUUUGUUAUUUAUAAUGUAGCUGCAUUUCGAUUGA